CCUUCGAAAAACCAGUGUGCGUCUGUCAACUUUGUAGUGACUUCUCUCAUCCUCGUUCAUCAUGCAGAUCAAGUCUGCUUUCGUGGCUGCGGCUAUCCUCGCCUUUUGUGACGCGCUUGCCACACCAAUUCGUGCGCGCUCGCCGUACGUCGUGAAGGAGACUCACUUUGUGCCGAAGGAGUGGGAAAAGCAAGACCGUGCCCAUGGCGGAAACACUAUUGCUCUCCAGAUCGGUCUGAAGCAGGGCCGCUUCGAGGAGCUUGAUCGUCACCUUAACGAGGUUUCCGAUCCUGACCAUGUGCGUUACGGUCAGCACUUAAGCGCCGAGGAGGUCGACGAGCUCGUCAGGCCGACAUCUCAGACGCACGACCUUGUGCACGAGUGGCUUCAGGAGAACGGCAUCGAAAUCGAGAGUCUGAGCUACAGCACCGCCAAGGACUGGGUCGUAGUUCAUCUUCCCAUUGAGCAAGUCGAGAAGCUCAUCGAUACUGAAUAUCACGACUACAAGCACCACGAUGGCUCUGUUGUGGCGCGUGCUACGUCAUGGUCGCUGCCCCGCCACCUACACGACCACAUCGAUACCAUCCAGCCCACCACUUCGUUCUUCCGCGCCGAGAAGAAUGUUGCGACUUAUUUCGAGGGUGGUGCCGAGGUCCCUCAAGGCUUUAAGGCUCCUUCAAACCAGACCAUUGCAGCUGUCUGCAAUGCGACCUCUGUGACCCCCCAGUGUUUUGAGACCCUUUACGAGACCAAAGGCUACAAGCCUAAGGCUCUCGACAAGAACAAUGUUGCCUUCAACAACUUCCUCGGCGAGGUUCCAAUCCGCCCUGAUGGCAAGCUCUUCCUGCAAAAAUUCCGCCCAGAGUUUGUGGCCCAAGCCGCGAACUUCAAGCAGAUUUCUAUCGACAACGGCCCGGUUCAGGACGGCCCAUUAACUGCCAAUCAGACUGCCGAAGGUACAAGCCGAGAGGCCAAUCUGGACUUCCAGGCGAUCGCUGGAAUUAGCUCCAACACACCUAUCAUCAGUUACUCCACUGGCGGCGAACCUCCUUUCAUACCGGAUAUCACCACCCCUACCAACACCAACGAGCCGUAUCUCGUCUGGGUGAACUACCUGCUUUCGCAGAAAGACCUUCCCAAGAUCGUAUCCACCUCGUACGGUGACUCUGAGCAGACUGUACCCCAAUCGUAUGCUGAGCGUGUCUGCAAGCAGUUCGCGCAAGCUGGUGCCCGCGGUACUACGCUACUUUUCUCCAGUGGCGACUCGGGUCUCGGAGGAACCGACAAGUGUAUCUCGAAUGAUGGCAAAAACACCUACCGCUUCAACCCCAACUUUCCCGCAUCUUGCCCAUAUGUUACUGCUGUUGGCGCGACCAUGAACUUCGCCCCCGAAGAGGCCGUCUACCGUGCUGGCCGCAACACUUCUGCUGGCUACCGUGAUUUCUACGCUGGUGGAUCUGGCUUCAGUAACUACUUCGACCGCCCCACAUGGCAGGGUAACGACGUUCCUCAAUACAUCAAGGGCCUCGACGGCCUCUAUGACGGUCUAUACAACAAGAAGGGUCGCGCCUAUCCUGACGUCGCUGCUCAAGGUCUCUACUUCGCCUACUUCUGGAAUGGUACAGAGGGCACUAUUUCUGGUACUUCUGCGUCUACACCUUUGACUGCUGGAAUCUUCGCUCUGGUCAAUGAUGCAUUGAUUGCGAGCGGCAAGCCCGUUCUUGGCUAUAUUAACCCCUGGCUUUACAAGAAGGGGUACAAGGGCUUCAACGACAUCCUCAAGGGUACAAGCCACGGCUGCAAUGUUGAUGGCUUCCCCGUCACGAAGGGCUGGGACCCUGUAACUGGAUGGGGUACUCCAAACUUUCCCAAACUGCUCAAGGCUGUUGGUGUGAAGAGCCACUAGAGUCCAUGUUGGGAGCACAUUUUUUACUUGUACAUACAUGAGGAAACUCAAAGAGCGACGAAUAACGUCAAAUAAUGAACAACAAGAAUAACUUACACACCACAAUACUCGACACCCAUAUGCCUCAUGCCGUUGUUACGAUUUAUAACAGAGAAAGAAGAUUUUGUAACGUUAAGUCCUCUGUAACAUAUCAAAUCUCAACACUGACGCUAUCUCGAGCUGAUCCUGCUUCAACCAUCAAGCCCCCCAUUCGAGGUGGCUACAUCUGGGUUAGGGUAAUACCAUGACGCGACGGCGAUGAUGAUGUAGACGAU